UUGUAUGUGCUGGACUGAUCAUUUCAUUUCUGUUUGUAAAUAACUGCGUUUGUAUUUUUAUGUGUGUUUUUGUCAAGCAAAUAGAUGCGCCUGUAACGCGCUUCAUUAUAAACAACUGCAUUACGCCAUCGCCUUACAGUUAUCUGCGUGUAUAAAGUUCAUAAGAAAGAAGAAAACAAUAAAUAAAAAUCUACACUUUCAAACGUCCGAACCGUACUGUGUCCAGGACACCGGAGAAUAAACUACACAGUAACCCUUUUCGAGGCAAAGAGCUAGAGCUUCACCAACAGAGCAGAAAUGUUGCCAGAACUGACGGCAGCCGCGAGUUUCGUGUCCAGUUUACUGAGGACAAGGGGCUUUCUGAGCGAGCACAAACUUCAGAUCUUCAGUCAUGCACUCCAGGAAGCUUUAGCGGAUCAUUACAGACAUCACUGGUUUCCAGACAAGCCUCAGAAAGGAUCGGGAUACCGCUGCAUACGGAUUAACCAUGAAAUGGACCCCAUCGUCAGCAAAGCUGCCAGCAGAAUCGGACUGAACAGCCAGCAGCUUUAUCAGUUGCUGCCUAGGGAGCUGACGCUCUGGAUUGAUCCUUACGAAGUUUCCUACCGCAUCGGCGAAGAUGGAUCUAUCUGUGUACUGUACGAGGCCGAGCCGCCCGCAGCUGGCAGCAGCGCCACUGCCCCUACCAGCAACUCUUUCAACUCCCUGUACACAUGUAAAAACCAGCUGCUGAUGGGCCGCACGAGUCCACCCAAAAACUACCUGAUGACCGUCUCGAGCUAGAACGUGUGCGCAGCCGGUCCAGGCAUCUACUUGAGAUAGGCAAUGUGUACUUCAGGGAGGGGGAUCAGGGGAGCGCAAGCUGCGUACGAUUCACAGUUCACCCUCUGGAAGCAACAGGGGAUAAAAUAAGUACAUUUAAUUUAUUUUUUUUUCUUUUCGUUUUCUUUGUUCUCCCCCGCUUUAAUGAAGGGUUGGUACUUUCCCACUCAUUUCUUUUUUUGGACAAAAAUUAAAUAGGCACUCUGCACAUAAAAUAGAUUAUUUAAAAAUAAAAAAAAGAAAGACAAGGCACAAAAUGUACCUCAUUGAACUAUAAGGAAACAAAAGGCUACUCCUGAGUAGCCUGCACUUUUGCACUGCCGAAGCAUUCAGUCUUUUGUCCCAUGAAAUUUUCCCCAGCCCUCCACUUUGACCCCCCCCCCCCCUUCGUAUUCUAAAAAACUGAAUGCCGGACAAUACUUUUUUCAUGUAUUAUAUACAAGUUCAUAACACUGCUUAAUUUCUUUGGGAUUCUUUUUUUUUUGUUGUUGUUGUAAGCCCCCAAAGAGAGCAUUUGCUGAUUGCCUAAUAAUUUCUACAGAAAGGUGCAAUAAUAGUAAUAAUAAUACAAAAAAUAGUUAAAAGAGAACCCCAUCAACUAGAGGUUUGCAGAAACUGAAGAGGCCACUGCACUUAGCCUGAAGUAACUUGACAAUGCCUUUGCUUCGCAUUAUUCCACUCCUCCUAGGCUGUAAAGUGCAUCCUGGCAAGAAAUAACAAAAAAUUUAAUACAAAUCUUAUUUUCAAAACCUGCUUGAUACAUUCUGAUUAAAAAAAGAGGUUUCCUAUGGAAACUACCAAAUGCACUAAUUGUUAUUUCUUUUUCUAUCUGCCCUGAUUUUAUUUUUUAAAGUGCUACUUACUGUCCAGCAUUACACUGCAGAUAAAAAUCGCAUUGACUUUAUAAACUGGGCCUUACUGACUGACUAGCCUUCUGCAAACUGCUGUGAAGCAUUACUGCCAAAAAUGCAGCCAGCAUUGUUUGGGAUUUGUUAUACAAAGGGUGACACAGG